AUGGGCGCCAGUCUCUGCAAGAUCGCUGAGACCGCCUUUAAUCUGCUACCAAGAAACCUGCAGAAUUUUGCUCGAAGCAGAUUACCAAGAGCCACCAUUCCUAGGCAAGCAGCAACGCCCAGCGGGCUAGCGCUGCCCUCCCCUGUGCACGCCACCCUCACUCCAGCAGAGCUAGGCGAUGGCCAAAUCAUCGUCAUCGGGGACGUGCAUGGCUGCCCUGUGGAGCUGAACGCACUCCUGGACAAGUGCAAAUUCCAGCAGGGGUCAGACAAGGUUGUCUUUGUGGGCGACCUAGUCAACAAAGGCGAGCAGUCUGCAGAGGCGGUGCACCUCGCGCGGCAGAUUGGCGGCAUCUCAGUGCGAGGCAACCACGAUGAGAUGGCCCUGGAGCGCUAUGAGAUGUGGAAGAAGUGUGGCAGGCUCGACCCAAAGUACAAGUACCUGGAGCAGUUUAGCGAGGAGGAUGUGGAGUACUUUCGGCAGAUGCCCUUCAGCCUGAGCAUCCCCAGCCACGGCGUGCUGGUGGUGCAUGCCGGCAUCGUCCCUGGAACGCCCCUGGAAGACCAGCUCCUGGAUGACCUCAUCAAUAUGCGGCACGUGGGGGCAGAGGGCGGUGCGAAUCGGUACAAGGCACUGCCCAAGUUCCCACGCAGCGCUGGGCAGCCCUGGGCCAACAUCUACAACGGGCCCCAGCACGUCAUCUUCGGCCACCACGCGCGCAGGCGCCUGCAGCCCUGCCGCUUCGCGACAGGCAUCGACACCGGGUGUGUGCUGGGCGAUCAGCUGACUGCAGUGGUGCUACCCCCGGUGAGCAAGCUUCGCAGCAUGGGCGUUGCUUCACCCCCAACAGGGAGCGUCACCAUGGAGUCCAUUGGAGGGCAGCUGGUGUCUGUGCGAGCAAAGCGCUGCUACAAAGCAGAGGACAAUGACUAA